GUUAUAAUACUGCUUGUCAAUGAAAGGUAUUCAUCUAAGGCCAUCGGAUUUUUGGGGGGUUGAAGUUGGAAAGAAGAUUUUGUCGUAUAAGGCUGAUCAGCGCAAGGGAAGAAGCGAGCGAAAUUGAAAUAAAUAUCCACGAACGCUCAUGUAUGGGGCUGUGAGAAUGUGUUUGCCUGAGACAUGUAUUCUAGAAGUGUGCAAAAUGUGUGCGAGAUUUGUGUGCCCUGCAAGGAUGGGUGGGCUGCGACGAUGUGUGUGGUCAAGGACGUGUGGGCUGCAAGGACGUUUGUGGCUUUCGAGGAUGUGUGUGGGCUGCGAGAAGUGUGUGUGGGCUGCAGUGGGUUUGUGGGGUCAAGAGUCGCCUUGGCGUGGCAGCCACUUUUACGAUGGCGAGAGAAGUGGAUGAGAGGCUUGACAGGGAUGUUCAGAAAGGGACAGAUGUUUUCACAAGGCCAAAAUUACAAGCUCGUGCUGCUUUUUCGCCUCGCGAACUCAGCGGUUUUGUCGUGUGCGAAAUUUGCUGGAUUCUUGGCAAUGCUAAGUAACCACUUUUCCCUCACAAAUCUCAUUGAGAUUCAGGUAACUGCACAUAUCGCUCUAUACACUCCACUAAAUAGGAGAAGGACGUUAUAUACACUAGCUCCACGCAGUAGGAGCGCUGCGCGCGGUGGGAGGGCUGGUAGAGUCGCUUAA